CAUAUCGAUCGUUCAUCAGUAUACACAUUUUCAUUGUUUAAUAUGCUCCAUAUCCUCUUACAAUCCAUUAUUUUUUCAGCCUGUACUUUUCAUGUUGCUGCACAUGGCUUUCUUGCUCAUCCUGGUAAUCUGAAGGAUGCAUUCAGCAAGCACGCAGUCCGCAACUACGAUGCCAUUGACAACAAUAUUGACUCUCUGCGUAGUCCCAUCAAAUCAGACUCACCCGUCUGCCGUGGUGCAGCCAAGGGACCUGUGACGGACAUUCGUCUCGAGAAUGGAAAGAGCUUUACCAUUACGAUUGCGUUCUCUAUUGGUGCUCAGCACAUUGGCCCAUGUGGCGUCGAGAUUCUCGACGAGAACCUAGAAAACGCUGUUCAAAUUGCUCAUGUGGAUGGACCUGGCGGCUGUGCCCAGAAACCACUUUCCCAAUUUGCCACCGACAAGUCUAGUCCCGCUUCCUCCCAAUGUCCCAACAAUAUUCCCACCAAGCUUGUUACAGAUGAUAUGUGCUUGAGCGAAUGGACGUUUGUUGUUUCAAACGUUGAAAAGAUCAAGUGCACCAAUUGUGUAAUGCGAUGGACUUGGUCUGGUCAACACAUUUCUGUUACCAACCCAGAGAAAUACGAGACCUGUGCUGAUGUGCGAAUCUCUUCCAGUGGUGCUCCCAGCACUGAUACUCCCGAUCCUGCAGCUACUACUACUGAUCCCGUAGUUACUACUAUCGAUUCCACAACCACUACUACAUCUUCUACUGUCUCAUCUGCUCCUCGCAAAACUUUGUCUCCCAAGAAACGCCCUACCAAAAAGACCAAAUCUUCCACACAACUUCCCACCAAAAACACUUCUGCUCCUGCUGAGACGAGUAAUCCUCAGCCUUCUGGCCUUACAGCUGGUGUGGCGGAAUGCAACAAGAUGUCUGACAAGUGCAGCUUCCAGAUGGCUUGUACGGCCGAUAAACAGGGUUUCUUUGCUUGCUUUGCCAAGGAAUCAAAUCGUGCUCCUAUACGCAUGGACUGUGCCCCUGGCACUACUUGCAAGCAGAAUGGACAGUUUAUCAGUUGCCAGCCAGCUUAAACUGGAAUUAAUUGCACUCUCUUUUACUACCCAAAAUUUGUCCGUAAAAUAAAAAAAAUAUUAAUGCAACACUCGGAUAAAGAGGAUAUAUUUUGGUUGUAGAAACUCCGCCUGCGUUUUGGAAUCGUUUUGAUAGCAUCAAGCAGACCGCUGUUGCUGCAAAUGGUAGCGCAGAUCAGAUCGUUUGGCAAAUUGGCCGUGUCAACACGCCAGAUUGUUGCCGCAGUACAAGAGAUACAAACAAUAGAUGCUCCAGCCAUUCAAAUCAGCAGGCAAAUACGCCAAUGGUUGCCAGCAUUCAUGCACUGUCACCAGUCAUGAUGUGGUUGUUUAUAUUGCCAUCACAAUGGUCCUUUGACAGCAACAACCUAUCUUGCAGUGAUUAUCUUGAAAAUGUACAAUGUUCAAGUAUUCGUUGUGCUUUCCUACUAGGCAUCGACUGCUUCAAUAGACAUUCCCAAUUUAAUCAACACGCCAUCCACUGUGAUGCACAACCAAACUAUGAUUUCAAAACCAUUCUUCGUUUUGGCAUAACCAUGCAUUGUAUGAUCACCAAAUUCGUCCAUUGAAAUCCAGAGAUUGAAUUUGACCGCUUUAGUGUUCUCAAUAAAACCAAAAACUCGAU